CUAAUAUUGAUGCUUAGCAAGUCUGGCUAUAUUUCUAUCAAUUUGAUCCCAUGAUUUCACAUUAUGCCCAAGAAAUUGGGGCUUUUCCCUGGAGUCACAUUGACGGGGACUCAUUAGUGACCCCCCUAAUCAUUCAUCGUAAUUUCACCUCAUUAGGGAUCUUCCAUUCAACUUUAAAGGAAACUUUCAAUUCUCUUCGGGCUGGAAUCUGAAUGUAAUACUCAGCCCAAACUAACAAAUUAUUGAGUUCAAAUGAUAAAGGAUAAAGUUCGCGGGCAGUGAAGCUUUUGUUUAUUUUCGUGCGAGCGUGCAGUCGCCAUUUUCUAACCUUUUAGGCGGGGUACAGGUCAUCGCCAAUUAAAAAGUGAAUUAAAGUGUAUUUCUACCAUUCUUUCGCAUCUUAUAAUUGUGGAAACUGAAAUUUACAUCGCUUAAAAUUUCAAACCGAAAUCUUUCAGGUGAUUGAAGAAGUUUAAGUCGGUUUAUUUUGAUAAACAAAAGUCCGUGUUGUGGUUGAGAGUGCGCGUUUUCAUCAGCCAUUUUAUUCAUUUAUAUUUACUGUUGCUUUGCUCAGCAUUUCCUGAAGUUAUUUUGUAAUUUUGUCCCUCGUGUAAGUUUUAACUUAAGUUUUAAUGUGAUCCUUCGAUCCCUCACGCACCGCGACAUACUUUCGCUCCGUAGUGCAUCCCACAGUGUUUGUGAACAUUCAACCUUGUUUUGCAAAUGCUCUAAAUUUCUUGUGACUACAUAAAUCUGGAUCAUGCAAGGACUACACAUCUAUCUUGGCAUCAAAAUAUCGAUUUCAUUCCUGUGGUGACAUGAGAAGAAGGAAAAAGGAGCCGAUUGAUCGGAAGUUGAUUAAAACUCCCUUAAUUCAGCUUUUAGAUCUUCUUCUCAAAGAAAAAUGGAAAGUGAAAAUGUCCAAGAUGAAGACCUAACAUCGCACGUAAUCGAGACAGAUUUCAUCGUAUCAAAAGACCUUCAUGAUCAGGAUGACAGUCCCUUGAAGUCAGACCACGUUGAUGCCAAGAAGCCGAAAGUCAGCAUGCCAGGAGUACUUUUGGAUCCGAAUGAGAGUGGCUCACAAUUGGAACGAGUCAACGGGAAGGUCUCGGAGAAGGAAGAUGAGGAGGAGAGUUUGGAUCCCGAGCAACUCAGUCAAAGCAGCAGUUCUGAUGACUCAUCUGCCAGCAGCGACGUAAGCAGUAGUAGUAGUGAUGACGAGAGGUCCAAAUCCUUUUUGAACCAGUCAAACACAUCUGUAAACUCUGAUUCACCAGUAAAUCAAUGGUCUAGCUCUUUAACUGGUACAGGCAUCAAAUUGUCUGUGAAAAGCAUUAGGGAUUGUAAUCAACCUGGCGACUCAAAUAAAGUUGAGCCCAGCAAGGUAUUUUGUGACGAUGUAAAAUCCAGUAGACUCUCCGAUGACAGCAGUAGCUCAGAUUCGGUUGAGACUCCAAGCAAAUUAGAAAACUGUAAAGAUUGGAGUAGUCCGGAGAAAGACGAUGAAAGUGUAAAUUCGAGUCCCAAUCCUAGACGUAGCUCAACAAAUUUUAAAGGUAGCAUAUCUAAUUUCAACACCUCCAUAGACUCAAUACCAAUUGAAAAUUCAAACUCCGGUUUAAGUAAUUAUAAUGCAAAUAGAAAUGAGAGACAAAGCAUCGACUCAGUUGGGUCGCAUGUAUCCCUCAAAAGCAAUGAAAUUGUCUUUGAAAGGAAGUUGAGUUUGUCAUCUGAUAGUAGUGACUCAGAGAACAGCAGAGACCAACCAGAGCCAGUCCAAAAUGUCUCCCAAAUAAUUGAAAAUACCCUUUGUAAUAGUGUUAAAAGUAAUCUGAAUAAUUCAUUCAUCAAAAGGAUUGAUCCUCAUUUAAAUCACGAAAAUUCUAAUGAAUUGCUGAAUAGUAGUACCUGUGUUAAGUUCAAUGAUGUAAUUACUGCAAGAUCUCCAGAAAAGACGCUUACUAGUCCACUGAAAGAAGCUUCCCAAGACUCGUGUUUGUCAGACAAAUUCUUCAACAGUACUGAGAAAACUGACAAUUCCAGUCUCAACAACUCUUUCAACUCUGUGCAGAAAGUUAAUUCAUCCCAAGCUCCCGUCAAUCAAUUGUCCAAUAAUGUAGAUCAAAGCCCAAAAAAUUCUAGCAACCAACUCAUGCUGAAUAGUGUAUCUAAAACCAAGAAUAUUUCUAAACCUGAAAAUUCCGUAGAAGAAAUGGAACAAGAGGAUUCUAAUAACUCUGAUCAUACCCAACCUUUAAAAGAUUCUUUCUCAAACUGUACGGGUGGAGAGAGGAAUUUAAAAGAUACAAUUGCUGUAAGAUCUGUUCGUAAUUCCUCUGAGGUAGAUGCUUUUGGUAAUAGAAUAGCUGAUGAAGAUAGUUGUAGUAACUCCAAUUCGAAAGAAAUAUGCCAAUCCAUCAGUAUAGGAGUUAAAACAUCUAACGCUAACAUUUCAAAGGAAGUAACCAAAACUAACAAGCCUUCCAAAGACUUAGAUCUUAAUUUUGAAUCGCAGGACAUGGGAAUGGAAAUAUCGAGUGACUCAAGUUUAUCUGAUGAUGAGGGAAGUGAGGUAAACAUGUCUCAUUUGAACAAUCUAAGUUCUGGAAACGAAGAUAGUGACCAAGAAAAUGAAGAACUUGCGGUUGAUGUCAUGGCAGUUAUCGGUGGAAGUAAUGAAAAAGAAUCCCUUGGUGCUGGAGUUGAUGUCAUGGAUGUUAUUGGUUGCAAAAUAGAAGAAGAAUCAGGAAGCACUGCUUCUAAUGACUCAAAAACUGUUGGAUUGGAUAGUAAAGAGGAACCCUAUAAAACAACUACUGACAUUAUGAAUGUAAUUGGCUGUAGCAAAGAUAUAGAGUCAGAAGGAACUUCAGUUGACGUUAUGAAAGUUAUUGGUUCGGCAAUGGAAAAUGACUCUGAAGGGUCUCCAACAGACGUGAUCCAUCCCAACAUAGGGGGAACAUCAAAGAAGGAGCUAGAUGCUGUCAUGAGGAUAAUAGGUGUCAGCAAUGAAACAGAACCAAUGGAUAUCGAUGUCCUAAAAGUUAUCGGUGGAAGUGAUUUUGUAUUAAGUAAAAAUGAGGAUACACCCUCAAUGUCCAAUAAGGAAGAUACAAGAAUGAGUUUAGAUCAAUCCUUCUCAGAUUCAUGCUCAGAACCAAAAGAUGGAGGUGAAACUAGUACAACAGUUAAAAAUAAAGAAAGUGGGCUCUCCAGUCCUGAUGUUGAGAUGUAUUCAAAUUCUUUAGAAAACAAGUUAGAGUCGGAAGAAAGCACCAAACGAUCAGACCUUGGUACUUAUAAGGAGGAGACUAAUGUGGAAAAUUCAAAAGAUUCUGACAUGCCCACGGUUACUGAAAAUUUUGGAACUGAUAGUGAAACACAAUCUUCAUCACUAACUAAAAGGUUAUCACAAAAUGAUUGCUUAGAAUCCUGUAGUCUAAAGAAGAAAAAGUUGCUUCCAUCAUCCAAGCACAAAUAUAUUUUGCCUGCUCCAAGUCCUGGUCAGAACUGUGGAGAAAUUGGAGAGGAGCAUAUGACGGAGUACGCACAGUAUCUGGGACUCCAACCCUCGUUAAAAUUCAAGUGUUGUAUUUGUGCCCAAGUCGGUUUUCAAAGCUACGCUGAACUGAGAGAACAUCAGAAAAACUGCCAGUCUUCGGAAGCAUGCAGAAGUUCAACAAGUUUAGAGAAGCCCAAUUUUGAAAAAGUGACCUACCCUACGGCAGAUGACAUCAAUCAGAUGAAUUUUCGGAUAUCGAGAAAGGUGUAUCUCUGUUCAGCGUGUGGCACGUACUACGAGAACUGGGAAUUGUUCUUACACAUGCAGGAGGUCCACCACCAAUUUAUUUGCCUCCUGUGCCUUAAGAUGUUCAAAAUGAGUUACUUACUGUCUGAUCACUUAGUGUUAAUACAUGGAGUCGAAGUGAAAUCGUUUCCUACUCUGUCGGACUUUAAGGAAAUGUUCAACUGCGCACUUUUUGUAUCUUGCACCGAUUGCGGGAAGACAUUUGGUGAAUCUGAUGACUGGAGCUCACACAACUGUUCGUUUGUUUGUAAUGUAUGCAAUGUUAAAAAUGGACACUUACCACGCUGUCAGAGGAAUUUAAUUUUCAAAGGUAAUCAGACUGAUACGAAGGUCGCCACCACCAAGUGUAUUAUUAGAGUAAAUCCCAGCACAACCACAACUAUGAUACUGCCAAAACGGGAUGAUAAGAGUUAUGAUAUUGCCUCAAGUUUUUGUAGCGUUGACUUGCAAGAAGGGGAAAGUAUGUCAGGGGCCGAACCUAGUGACUCAGAGAAAUUUGAGUCGCCCAAGUGUAGUGAUUUACCACAAGUAGUCAAACCAAAUGACACUCCAAUCUUGUCAAGGCUAUUCGGGGAAGGUAACUCAAAAGAAGAGACCAUUAUACCUACUGUAAACUCCCCUGUACAGCCCUCUGAAGAAAGUAAUUUAGCUGCUUGUUCUAAAGAUUCCUCUGGAAGUCAUGGUAAAGUGUCUAAUUUGCCUGAAGAGGAAGAUUUAGGAACCAAAAAUAAUGAAGAUGAAUCUAGAAGCAGUACAUUAACAGCCUUGCAUGAUCAUAGUCCUAACCCUAGUGGUAACCAAGGUGACGCUACCUUUAGUAAUUCCAAUGCUGAAGAGAUGGAUAAUCUAGUAGAAACCUCUAACUCAAUCCUCGAAAACAAAAGUGAUACGCAAGUCAAGAAAUUCAAUGAAGUAUCAAGUGUUGACAGUCGUGAGUCUCAGAAAUCUGAAAACCCUGUCAAAUGCUCAGAUAUGAAAUUGAUCAUCAAAAAGUCUGCUUUUAAUAAUCCUAAUUUUAGGUUAAACUCGAAUUUUGAAAAAGUCGAAAGUCAAGCAGACCCUGAUAAUGAUUCUCUGGACGAAGAGGAUGAAGAGGGUGAAGAGGGUGAAAGUAAGCUUAACAAAUCAGAUUCUUCAGUGUUUGACCCUGAUUAUGAGGCUGAAACGAAACCAGCUCGAUCUAGAAGUAUUACCAGUCCUAUAAAUUGCGAGGAUGAGAAUGAAUCCCCAGAGCCUACAGGCUCUAAUCACCAUUUUCAAACUGAAGAGAAUGUAGAUUCAAAAAGUAUUUUGAAUCCUACAGACCAAUCGCAAAUUAGUGAGAAAGAUUCUGAGAAGAAUGAUAGUAAUAUCGAUGUGUCAAUGGAGUCCCAACCAUCUGUUUCUGAUGAUAGUAGGAUGCAAUAUGAGUCAGAUAGUCAACCUGCUGAUGCAUCUUCAAAUAUUGCAAGCAACCUUGCUGACACAAAUCCUAAACAGAAUCCAAGUGUAAACUCUAAUGAUACCUCAGAUUCUGACAGCAAUAAAUUAUCAAUGGCUGUAGACAAUAAUGACAUGACAACGGACAGUAAGUCAAGCUUGAAAAGUAAUCAUGCUGACGAAAAAAUGAUAAUAGAUUACGAUGGAGAUAAUGCUGUUGAUAAUUUUGACUCGGAUCAGGGCAGUCCCUCCAGGUCAGGACCUGACGAUGAUGGUAUAGAAUUAGCCUCUAAAGAGGUUCCAGCCCUAACUCUUCCGUUGUCCAGUCCUUUAGAAUCGGUACCACUAAAUACACUAGUGAAAGAAUGUGUGCGAAUCGCUUGUACUGCUUGCUCAUACUGCAAUCAUGCAUUGAAGAUAGCUGUUCAUGCUCGAGAGUUAGUUCUUCACUUGCUAGCUGAACACAGGUUUACACCAUCAAGAGUCGAAGACUCGCCAGAGAAGUUAAUUUCUGUAUUGAAGAAUGGACUAACCCCUCUAGAAAACAUAUUUUUCAACACCAAUUCAUAUGAUAGCUCAGAUAAAGCUUCCAAUUUACCAUAUGAUGGAACUUUCUCUUGUUUUCAAUGCCCCUUCUGGACGCUGCAGCAUAAAGAUCUGUACACUCACAAGCGUAAAAUGCACCAGAAAACAAUUUUGCUCUGUGUCAUGUGCAAGUCAAAUUUCUACUCUUAUUCAGAAUUACUUUGUCACAUGUGUCCAGGGACUUACCAACCUAAUGACAUCUUAUUCAGGUGUUGUUUCUGCAAUAUUGACAAAAUCCCUUCUGCUUUUAGACUCAUGGUACAUAUCCGCAAAUCUCACCAUACAUGUGAAAUUUGCUUAGAUGUUUCAACAGACCAGCAGAAACUGGCCACUCACAUGUGGAAACACAAACUCCAUCAUCUGUGUUAUCGGUGUGGGAUCGCAUAUCGGAACAAGCCAGAUAUAACGCGUCAUUUAUUCUGGAAACAUGGCACUGAAAGUGUUCUUUGUAAGAAGUGUUUACAGAAGAAAUGGCCUCAUGUUUACCAUUUUUGUAUUCCUCCUGCCACAGUCGUUUGUGAUGAAUGUAACGCAACAUUCACACGCACUGUAGCUUUGAGGGUUCACAAGAGGUUGCAUUCAAAUGAAAAACCCCACGCAUGCACGCAAUGUGAAGAAAAGUUCAUAUCCAAGAAGAUUCUGGAAAAGCAUGAGAUCUCCCAUUCUAGUAAAGAAGAGGGUGGCUCUGGAACGGAGGUCGAGAAAAAAGAGUACGAUCCAGCAGUUGCAGAAAGUCUAGGUUUAACUAAUCCCCCUAUUCAAAUUCAAAAAACUGAUGAAAAGCAGAACAUUGAUGUUGAUGACGAUACUGUGCCUGUAGUGCGAAUAAAGAAAAACAAAACUAAGAAGAAAAAGCCAAUGCUUGACCUAACAGAUUUACCUCCAUUAAACUUAUCGUCAGAAAGUGACUCAGAGCCUGAGCUACCGAAAUCUACCAUGCCUCUGGAGACAGUGGAGGUCAAAUCUGAAAUUGAGGGUAAACCUGAAGAACCGAGUGAUAUGAAAGAAAACAUACUCGCAGAAACAGAAGAGAAGAAAGAGUCCAAUGUUGAAGAAACCGAAGAGAAGAAAGAGCCCAAUGUUGAAGAAACCGAAGAGAGGAAAGAGCCCAAUGCUGAAGAAACAGAAGAUAAGAAAGAGUCCAAUGCUGAAGAAACAGCCAGUAAGUGGUUGGACGUAAUUAUGGCAGACCAUGAUUACUGCAAACCCAAGUCAAGCGAGCCAGAGGGUUCUGAGAAUAAAGAAAUCAAACCUGAAACCAGCAUUGAUAUGAAUGCAUCCUUGAAUUCAACACUGGAUACCAAAGAAACCUCAGCAUCUGAUUCCUCGCCAACCAAACGGAAGUCAAAGUCACCGAAGAAAAAACUGAACAAGAGCAGUAAUUCUUCAAGUAGUUCCUCAAGUAGCGAUACAGACUCGAGCAGUUGUUCGUGCGGUCCCAACUGCAGCUGCUCUAGCUCCAGUUCUGACAGCUCAACCUCUACAAGCUCAGAUUCUGACAGUUCGAGUCCAGAAAACAGACGAAAGCAAGAAGAGCGGCGCCAGAAAAGGCGAGAAAGGGGCAAAACAAAGUCACCCAAAAUCGACACCCAAGCGGAGCCAGCAAUUUCUGUAGAGAAUGAAGAACCCUAUAUCAUGGAGUCCGAUCUUGAUACUGAUAUUACCUUAACUGAUGAAGACUUCUAUGAUGAGUACCCACAGCAGCAUGCUAAUAAAAUGCUUGCAGAGAAACAGCAGUCAGAAAAAGACCAGUUGAUGCUUCUGGCGUCAGUUGCCCCAACUCAUACUGCGCCUUCAUCACCCAUGGUAUCAGCUGAAGAAGCGCCCGCGACACCGCAACCGGUAGCAUCGCCAAAGCUAAAAAAGAAACUGAAAACCAAACGGAAACGAAAUGAAGCUUUACUCCCAACUAGCAUGCCUCCUGAUGCUCCAACAUUAGAAUCAAAAUUAUCACAAUUACCUGCGACACCGCCGCUAAUCACAAAACUACCAAAUCCGAAUGCUAGAAACUAUAGUGUUCCUCAAACCCCAACAUCAGAGCAUUUUUCAGAUCGAACGUUGAGCACCGGUGGAAGUGGGUCGGAAUCAGAGAGCAAAAGAUCAUCCAAGCGCAGGCGAGUGAAAAAUAAAUUCUACGGCUAUUCAAGUGAAGAAGAAAACCAAACAGAAAAUAGCAAGCCCCGAUUCAGGCCUAAAAAACACAAAAAAGUUGUGGCCAUGCGAAAGUCUGAGCCCACAUUGACUAGGCCUAACCCUUUCAAUGUUUCUUUCCCAAUACAGCCUCCCUCUAUGUCAUCUUACCAACCUUAUCAGUCGCACCAACCAACAAUAACGAUUAAACCUGUGUUGCCACCAGUAUCGAAUGUUGUUCGCAGUACACUUCCACCAGUUCGGCACAGGCCUCCAACUCCAUCCUCAUCAUCGGAUAGCGAUGAUGAUAAGCUAAAUAUCGAUGAAAAGUUCCCCGAACCACCGCAGGCGCAGGCUUCUUUUCCACCGAUGCCGCCUGCUACUCAGCCAUCUGGAGAGAAAAAUUCAAACCUAUAUUGUUACUGUCAAUGCCCUUAUGACGAAGUCUCAGAAAUGAUUGCAUGUGAUGGUAAUGACUGCAGAAUUGAAUGGUUCCAUUUCGAAUGCGUCGGUAUCAUGGUGCCACCGAAAGGACAGUGGUUUUGUCCUGACUGUCGCAAAAAGAAGAAUUUAUCGUACUAAAUUUUUUUGACCCCAUCUGUAACUGCACUCAUCACCAGUGUUGUUUUACUUGUUUACCAUUUCGAGUUGUUAUCAUUUCAUAAAGUGCUCAUUGUAACUUGAUACUCUGGGCAUUUUCAGUAAUUCGUGGGUUUUUAAUCAUGAGUAAAAAAUGUGACUACUUUUUCACUUAAUCGGUUUUUUUCUGGAUCUCAUUGUUUUCUGAGCUCAAAAACUAUGUGUCCUCUUACCAAACCAUAAGGUCCAGGACUUUAAGUUGGCAUUAUACUCAAUCAACUUCGUUAAAUCCUAUUAAACGAACCACAUGCAUUCAUCUCAUAUAAGCUUCAUUUUGUUGCUCUUUAAAUGCAGUGUUGAAGAGGGUAAGAUUCAAUACCUUAGUUGAUAUCGUAAAUAUUCAUAAACUGCCAAUUGUCAUGAUAAGAAGACAUGUAAUAAUGCCGCAUUAUGCUAACCAAUAUAUCAAUUUUAGAUUUUUCACUACAGAACGGUUGCAAAAUGUCAAAAAUGUGUCCCUCAAUUGCAAUGUAUAAAAAUCUCUAUUAUGUUUUAUUUUUUUCAAAGGAACAUUAGUCACAAUGUUUCCUCACAAAUUUUUGUGUUUUUUUUUUUUUUAUUUUUUUUUAUUUUAGAAUAAGUGAAGAAAAGUCACUGAAACUUUAAAUGAGAACCGGUGGCUGAUUUUCCCUUGAAAGAUUAAAACAUGAAUGUAAACUUACAGUAUCCUAUCUGAGAUAUGCAUUUUUUCAAUUAGCCAUCAAUGCCAAAUAACCACACAAAUGCCAGGAAUUAAGAGUCUACUACAUAUUAUUUGACUGCAAACAUCAUACAUUUUUGUAUCUCCUCAUGAAAAACAAAUUAAGUGCUUCUAUCCCCCAGGAUUUGUGUUUGAGUUGUUAAUAUUAAGUUUUGAUGUUUGAUGUCGCUAUAAUAUCUUAUACCAUAUUGUAAAUGGAGAUAUUGAGCUUGUAUGUAUCUAGGAUCAUUCUGUGUGAACCUAUUUCAGAAUCAAAUAUUCAAACUCUUUGGCAGCAAAUUACCUCUAUCGUCAUAGUCCAAGUCUUCCUCUAUCUCAAUUGUUGAGCCUGAAAAAUUCUAAAAUAGAGCAUUUUCCCGAUUUUUAUAUAAUUACGAAAUAAAUCUGACAGUCCACCUGACAAAUAGCAAACAAUUUUCUAGAUCGCUCCACAUGAAUACAAAAGAUUCUCUCUCUGCUAUAAAAGUUGAAAAGAAUUUUCGUAUAUUUUUACUUACUUUAAAUGUCAGCUGCAGGGAACUGAUUUAUUCGAUUCUGUUUAAUUAUUAGUUCCAAAUAGAUAGCGAUCAGUGAAAUGCUCUCUUCUCUGGUUGUCGCAUUUUCAUAUUAAUAAAGCUGUAAGUCAUCUUGUGUGCACCAAAAUGAACUGUACUGUUGCUAAUGGACUCACAACUUUCUAAAAAAACUGAACAAUAGCCCAUAUAAAUAAAUAAGUAAGUAAAAAAGCUGCAAAAUGCGUUUAACUUCGAAGAUUAUAAAGUCUCCAAGUUACGCUUCACUGCAACCGAAGUAUAACAGAGAAAUUUUGCUUCCGGAUUCUCCUGCUAGAAUUUGGUGAAAAUGAAUUUUACUGUAAGGUUUAGCAAAGUGGAAGGUUCUUUUUUAUUUUUUUCCCGGAAACUGAGAAUAUCUAGUUCUUCGAUAGAGUUUGAAACUAGAGAUCGACCUAGGCUCCAACAAGCACCAAGCUCAUGUAUCAGUGUCUGAGUGUAAAAACAGUGUAUAAUUGAGUCACAUGUGUAAAACUUAAACGCUUUCUCAGAUUGUUUAAAACAUUUAGAAAGAGACCUACGGAGCUAUUAAUACUGCAAAAUUCUGCCGAUGGUUUUGGUUGGAGCAUUUCUCCCACAGUAGAAUAUUUUCGUUGUGCUCUGACAAUGAAAGCCCAUUUCUUGCUCUGUAUUAAUCAGCAUGUACAAAAUUGCUCAUAAGUUCCUGUCUUUUUAUGAUACAUUCAAAGCAUAUUAAAAAAAAAGUACAUCUAGAAAACUGUAAUUUGUGAGAGCAGAUUUUUGCUAGAAUUGGUCCUCAAAAACAUAACCGAAUUAACUCGAUUCAUUUUAGCUAAAAUCCUCCAUAUUUUGCUCUUCUCCUGUAGCAUGACAUUAAAAAAAUGACUGAUUCAUUUCCACAGCUUUGGCAUCAGUUUAAAAGUUGAUAUGUAAAGCAGUUUACCCUUGUAAUCGUGUAAGUUUGAACUGAAAAAUACCCCAAUCCUUAUGUGACAAGUUCUGCCAGUUGCUUUUGACCAUUUGGUGACACUUCUGUUUUGAAUCUUCUACAAUCUGUUGGAUACCUUAAAUAUGUAUGACAGAUAGCUCUUCCCUAAAAAACUAUCCUCAAAUGCAAUCAUUAAAAACUUUUCCCAGCAAUUCGACUAUUGAUCUACUCACAGUAUAUUUUAAAAUUAUUCCUGCAUUUUUGCUAUUGUUUACAUCAUCUCUCUGAACAAAUUAACACAUUCUAAUCUUCAUUUUUUUUUUUUUGGAAAACAAGGAACCUUGUAGUUGUUCAAUAUGUUUCUUUUUGUUUCAACUUUACAGCUCACAUUUAUUUUUGUAUUUUGAAGUUAAUAACAAAGUAGGUACUUCAAGUUUAUUUUCUAUGUCCAAAUUUUUAUUUUUGGUUUAACCUGUGUUUAACUAGUUUUUGAGAGUAUAUCUAUUGAGUUAUUUACCCAAUUUGAGACGAGCUGUAAAGUAUUUGAAACUUUAUUGUAAUGCAUCUACUUCUUUCUGUAAACAAUUGCUGCGUAAUUUUACUACAGGAACCUAAGUUGUUAGAUCACAGGGCGACUAUAUUUUUAUAAACGCUACUGAAUUGCAAAAUUUACCGAGGAGAAAAGAUGUGUAAUACUUAGCAGGUGGUCUUGUUUUUUCUCGAGUCAAAGAUUAAAGGUCAGAAGAACUUUUGUUUUCCCCCUAAGAAUUCCGUAACCUCAAAGUAAUCUGUUCAUAGUUUGUGAUCUAUUUUUAAAUAUUAUGUUGUAAUUAAACCCGUGUAAAUAAUGAAACAUGUAUAAUACGUCCCAAACCCCUUACCUGCACCUAUUUCAUUUUUUUUUUUGUAUUCACGAUACCAGUGUCGACGUUUCUUACUCCAAGAUCACCCAUUUAUGGACCUGUCAUACACUGCGAGCCAAAGUAAACCUGAAAUUAACAUAUUUUGCCUCUGAAGUCGUCAUUUUUUUUUAAAAAUAACACCCAGUUAAUCCAUCAUCAGGUCCAUUUCUCUCAUUUUUAGUAAUUUUUUCUGUUUUUAAUUGUAUAUAAGUGUAAAUAUGUCAGCCAUUCAUUGUUAGAGUAGUUUGUGAUAUUGUCUGACUACUCCGUAAGGACUUCACCAGAAUUGAACUGUGUAACAUAAAAGUAAACAAAAAAAAAGAAUAAAAAUGGGAUAAACCAAUACAAUAAAAUGUGUAGUGUCAAUAAGAAGUACUGAAAGUAAACCAUGUAUAGAAUGCUUUAUGUAUUUACCUAUAGAUUGUUUUUAAAAUAAAAUAAAAAUGUCUCCUCUCUCA